AUGGCGGCAACUGUGUUUAUGUGUUCAUCUUGUGGAAUGUGUUUUGAUAAAAUGGGCUUAUUCACGGCUCAUAAUUGCACAGGCAAUAAAAGAAAACCUAUUGGCAUUGGAACUAGUGUUGAAGAGGCAGAGGACGUUGUAUUAGAGAUGAAUACAACCCCACAAGAAAGAAGAAGAACUAUGUUUGAAUGCCAAAACUGUAAAAAGGUGUUUUACAGUAUGGACAUUUUUGCAAAUCAUGUCUGUGUCCAGGCUCAACCUAGCAUUAAAGAGGAAUCAACAGCAUCCAGCGCUUCAACUUCAGAAGGUCAAGAUCAAGGUCAAGGUAUGUUUUGGACCAGGCCAGCUACACUCCUUUUGAUUGAAGAAUACAAAAGUAGAAUGGAUUUGCUAAACAGUGGAAAGCUAAGAAAGAAAUCAAUGUGGGAUCAAAUAAGUAAAGUUUUAAGUGGUAAAGGACAUAAAAUGUCAGGUGCGCAAUGCGAGGGGAGAUGGAAAACCCUUUUGAGGGGAUUAAAAAAUGUGCAUGACCAUAACAAGAAAUCGGGAAGGAAUCCCAAAUAUCACCCAUAUGAUAAAGAGUUGGCUUUCAUGGCUGAAAAGCCAAACAUUGCAGAGUCCUAUGUUGUGUCCUCUGGUAGUGGUAAUUCAAAAGCUUCAAAACCUAUAGCUGCAAGUUUAACUGCAACUGAUAACCAACAAAAUUUAACUGAAAAUGAGUCUGAUGCAGAAUCAGAAAAUUCAAGUAGUAGCGCUUCUAAGAAAGUAAAAAAGGAAUCUACUGAAUAUGAGCCAAAACCAAAGAGAAAAAGGUCAAAUGAAGUUGUUGAAGUCCUUAAAAAUUUCAUGGACACCCAACAGAAAAGGUAUGAUGACGAGUGUCAAAGAAAGGAGAAAAUGCACAAUGAACGCAUGGAAAUCUUUGGCGGUUUCCUUGAGUUGCUUAAAAAAGGAGCCAAUGAUGCAAAAAAGUAGAAGGGUUUAAUUGUUCAAAACAUAGAAUACUGGCCUUAUAGGGUGUAUACCUAUCCAAUGCUGAUUUGUUAGUUGUGAUUUUUUUCCCUUCAUACCGGUAUUUGCUUAAUUUUUUUUAACAGAACACACGAUUACAAGUAAACUCUCAGUCUGUAUAUAGUGGUAUGUAAAAAUGGGAUGCCAAAUGUGAUAAUUAGAAUCUUGAAACAACACCCCCCCCCCAAAAAAAAAUAGAA